AUGUGGUAUGACUACAUUCACUGGUCCCAAUUGCGGUCAGUAGUGAGCCAGGCACUUUGUCCGGACACCUGGAUAGCUUUCCACCAGUCCUGCUACCUGUUUGCUCAACAUGAAAAUACGAACUUCACUGAGGCAGAGCAAUUUUGUGCGGCCCAUGGUGCAAACCUAGUUAACAUCGAUGAUGUUCAUGAAAACAACUUUGUGUUCAGUGUUGUGCAGGACCAACUAGUAGUACUUUGGUGGAUUGGACUAACAGACAGCAUCAUCGAGGGCGAGUGGAAAUGGAUACCGCGUGACAACUCGCCAUCGUUUACAAACUGGGCUGGAGGACAACCAGAAAAUCACAGUUCACGUGAUCAGGACUGUGCAGUUGUUCAUUCAUCGUAUCACUACACGUGGCAUGAUGACAGUUGUACCGCGAUAAACCAUCCUAUCUGUGAGAAACCAACCGGAUCGGAGACGAUUCUAGUCGGAUAGGAAAUAGUUUCCUUGUUCAUGUACAGUAAAGAUGACAUAGCAAAUACCAAGAAUUAAACGAACCACUUAAUGUUUGCUAUUGAAAA